GCGCGCGGAGGCGGGGCUUCUGUGGCGUCGUCACUUCCUCUGCGGAGAAGGCUCGCGAACGGACGGUUUGGCUGUAGCAACCGCGGUCGGCGUCCAGCGCUGCGAGGCGGGAGGAUGAGCGACAGCGGGGAGCAGAACUACGGCGAGCGGGUAAUACGCAGAGCCUGCGAGCGCAGCAUAAGCGGCCCGCUUGGUGGAGAGACGGAGCCGGGCCUUGUUUUUAGUUCGUUCCUCCCCCUCCCCCCCUCCCCCGGGCCGGGCGCGAAAAAAACCGCCUUUGAGAUGAAGGUGCACGCGGGGCGGGGGAUGAGGAGGCGGGAAGCGGCUUAGCGGCACCCGCUGCUUCUCGCUCUUCCGCCCCCCCCCCCGCCACUUUGCCGCGCUGCGUGUCGGUUUGGCGCGAGAAAAUGGUCCGUCGUUUCCUGCGAAGCGGUUGCGCUGUGACGUAGCGCUCCGCGGCGAGCCCCGCUCCCGGCGCCAUCUUGGGGCUGGUGACCCGAAUGAGCGCGCCGCCGCGGGGACAAAAUGGCCGCGCAGGACUUAAGAGGAGCGGGGAUGCGAGGAGCGCCUUCGUCGCCUCGGCUGCGGCUCCCUCUAGAGAGGGAGAGAAAAUGGCAAGGCUCUGGCCCCCGCGAUGCUUCAACCCAGAAAGAGGCUAACGCGGGAAAGAGACGCCGUGUCCGGCCCUUUCCGCAGCCUUGCUAACGUGCUUGGGACUCGGAGGAAAGCUGCUCCAGUCUCGAUUGGCCUGGAUGGCAAGGGGAUCGUUCCCGUGACGCUUCUACGUUGAGCUUAAGGGUCGCACUCAGCAUUUCACUUGGAACAAAUUUCUGGCUAUCGAAUAGCUUCCAGUGUACUUUAUUUAAAAUAAACAGGCCAAAACCUUAGGGUAUCUUAACGAAUGAAAACAUUUUUUUGCGGUUUGAGCUUUCAUGGAGUGAAGUCCACAAAACCUUAUGCCAUAAUAAAGUGCAAAAGAACUUUUCUUCUUCAACAGGCUAACUUGGGUACCCUAAAUGCUUAAGGGAAGGUACUUUUUUGAAAGGGAACUUUAGAUUCAGAAUAAGUGAAGCAUUGGGUUUCAUUGAGCUAAUUGGUCAGAGUGCUGGAAUCUGCAUUUCAAGUUGCACUGUGCUCUUUAGGUUAUAUGUGUUAUAAGCAGCAAUAAAGAGCCCAGUCUUGGAAUGAUAUUGCUGAAUUUCAUGCAGAGGCAUAAAAGCUUAUGUAACAAAAUACUUUGAGUGUGUGUAGCAAGUGAUAAUGUAUGAUAUAGUGAUGUCUGUAGCUUAUACAGACCAACUUUACAGGUUCUCUUGACUGUAGACCAAGGAGGCAUUUUAGACCCCUGGCUUCCGUGGUGGGAGCCACAGCUUCACCAUUCAAGCAGAAAGAAGGUGCGGUUGCCUCUUUGUUAUGCCAACUUCCAGUAUCACAGCAAAUGGGCCCAAGUCAGGUCUGCUGCAAUCACAUCAUCCAGUGGAUUCUGUGAUGCUUGGCUCCAAAACACGCAACUUUUUUUGAGGAAGGAGGAUUACCUUGUGCUGAUUACCUUUGAGGACUGUUCUGAUUACCACCUUUGGGCAGAUGCAGUAGGACAUCCUUUGCUGUGAUGUUCUCCCACAGGCAGUACUGGGUAGAGAGGGAUACCACUGCUCCAUCCACACCUCCUCAGGCUUGGUGGAUUGGAUUGUUUUGUGAGUUGGCUUCUGUUGAAAGCUGCAUUGCUCAGAGGGAAUGAGCAAGUGAUGGAGGGGGGAGGAACUGAACCCACAAAUGCUAUGAAAGAAGUAAAAUGGCCAAGUAUACUUCCAGUUCAAAUGUCUAGACUCUUUUGCCAUAUUAAUCUUGCACAAACAGCUGCUAACAGUAAGGGAGUGUGCAAUUUAGUCGUGUUAUUGGGCAUUGCAUGAAUUGAUUGAGACUCUUUCAGGUGGGAGCUAGUCAGCUGGUAAAUUGCUGAAGGUAAAGUUAUGAUAAUUUGUUAGCUCUGAUCAUAAAGAGAUUCUAUGUAAUUCUCAAGACUAGAGUAUGGGUGGAAGGCAUAUGAGGCUCCCACCUUGCAGGUUGGGGUCUGGCCAGUGCCUGGAUGGGUGAGUGCCUGGAAGUCACAUGUAUACCAGUAUGCAUGUUCAUGUAUGCACAAAAACAACAGAGCUAGGAAGGAAUGACUUAAGGAGAGGAAACCUUUCUAGUUUGUUUGCUUCCCAUUUCUGAUGCACUUACUGCUUGUGUGAGCUAUAAAUUCCCUCUAACACCUCCCAUGCUGAGAUGGAGAUGGUGAGGUCAGCAAGAAAAGAAGAGUAUUGCUCAAGGAGUGGUACUGUUUCCAUGUUACAUUUUUAGGGAUACAUCAACAACAAAAACUUUGUGUGUGCAUGUGGCAAACAUUACAAAUUACAACUGAUCACUUGGCCAUAGGCACAGGAGCUGGAACUGGCUUGCAGUAGCACGCACAUCUUUUUCCUGCUGAUUAAUUGUCCUUAAACAACAGUACAGUUUAGAUUGGACCCCAUCUAAUACUGAAUGUAAAGUCUAGUUGGCUUUGUAUCUAUGUUGUUUUGGUUUUGAGAGACUUGAAUAAUGCAGGUGUUGGGUGGGACAAGGCUGUGAAUUGUCACUUGGUUAAUUCAUUAUAGCUGCCAUUCAGCCCUGUAGUAUCAAAUACCACAUGCCAUGAUUGUUGGUUAACUGUAAAUUAGUGUGCCAGCCUUCUCUGUUUAACAUUGGCACAAGUAAAUAUUUCAAAUGUGCAAGCUUUUCUUUUAGCAUGGCACUGUGCAUUUGCAUCAACCCCAGCAAGCUCUGAUGUAAAAAACAAAAACAAACCAUGAUUAUAAUCUUAAAGAACAUUUGGCCAUUCUGGGAGGGAGAAAGUAAGGGUGUCCCACGUGAUCAGCCUAAUGUAUGGUCACCAGAGCAGAUGUGCAGACCAUUAUUUUCCUUGGUUAGACUGAAUCUUUCAAAUGAUUGAAACAUAGGGCAAAAAUGAGUGUAAAUAGAUUUUUGCUUUUUAUUCAAAAGAAAUACAGUGACUGGGGAACUUGGAAAGUAAAGAUUACAUUCAGAGCAUUGUGGGUAUGAUUACAUCAGAAAGAGAAUGAGCUUCACAGAAGAGGCACAUUCUAAAGAACAUUUAGUUUGAAACAAGUCAAUUGUUGCUGCUGCUUAGUGUUGAUAUUUCAAUUUGGGCCACAUGGUAGCAAUAUCACUUAUUGUUAAAAUGUUGUUACUUUCCUGGAAAUUUGAAUGGUUCUAGAUCUGAAUACAUUGUUUCUAAAACCGAGUCUAUAGCAGAGGCAAACAACUUCACAUGCUGCAUUUGCUAGUUAAAGGCCUAGGAACCAUCAUGACCAGGGGUCAGCAACCUUUUCCAGCUGUAGGCCAGUCCACCAUCCCUCAGACCAUGCGGUGGGCCGGACUAUAUUUUGGGGUGGGAAAUGAACGAAUUCCUAUGCCCCACAAAGAACCCAGAGAUGCAUUUUAAAUAAAAGCACACAUUCUAAUGUAAAAACACGCUGAUUCCCGGACCGUCCGUGGGCCGGAUUGAGAAGGCGAUUGGGCUGCAUCCAGCCCAUGGGCCUUAGGUUGACUAUCCCUGGUCAUGACCAAGACUUCACUGUGUGGCAGUUUCUACUCUGGAGUAGCAGAAAAGGAAGAACUGCACUUUUACCUGACUGCUGGUAAUUCAGUUACCAUCACCUCAGGCUAGAGAUUACUGUGGGAAGGGAGUGUGUAAGUGGCAGCAGGAACAUGGGAAGUAAGAAUGGAAGUACAGUUGUACCUUGGUUGUUGAACGGAAUCCGUUCGACUUCCGAAAAUGUUCAAAAACCAUGGCGCAGCUUCUGAUUGCUGCAGGAGCUUCCUGCACUCAAUUGGAAGCCACGUCGGACGUUUGGUUUCCAAAGAAUGUUUGCAAACCAGAACACUCACUUCCAGGUUUGCUGUGUUCAGGAGCCAAAACGGAUGAGUACCAAGGCGUUCGACAACCAAGGUGUGACUGUAUAGGAGUUGUUCAUAUGGUGAAGGAUACAGUAAAUGAUUUAGCCACUGGAUUGGAUUUGUAGACUGGAGUAAAUACACAAGAUUGAGUAACUUGAGAUGGCACAACAGGAAUGUUGUGCAAGAAGUUGCACAUCUGCCUGAGUGAUUAAUGCUUUGAAGUUGAUGCCUUUAUCUGUAUGAAUGGGGGGGGUGUUGUGGAGGAAUCAUAGGUUCAGUUCACCUUUCAAGAAUUACAGGAAGAAAGGUUUGGCUAAGAAUUGGGUGAUUGAGCCAUUACCUGAUGAAGGAUAAGGAUAAGGAAGAGCUUGCAAUUUAAUAAGACGAUUGCUGACAUAAGAAAUAUUUAUGCAUAAACUGAAUGUCAACUAAGUAGUGUGUGCUUUGACAUGUAAGUUGAUGUUUUCCAGAAUAUGCCUUAUGUGCCAUUCUGCCAUAAAACUAGUUCAGCCUAUGUUCUCCAGGCAAGAGGACUAGAAAAGAAAAGAAAUUGAGGGAUUUGCCCGUUAACUUUUCCAAUCAGAAAGGGUAGUUCUGUGGGCUCACUUAAAUCAUGAGAGCGAUGUAGGGAAUAGAGCAAGUUGGCAUUCCACGUCCAUUCUUGCAAAAUACAAAUCUAUGCAGUGGGGAAAUAGCUCCCAUCUUGCAGAAAUGCUGCAUCUAGGAACCAUUUUCUUGCUACGGCAUAUCUUGGUAUUCCUGUGCUACCCUAACAAUUUUCAGUGGUGUUUGAACAGGAGAAUAUGUGCAUAGUAUUUUAAAAGGAAAUUGUAUUAACGAUAAUAGUGUUGUUAUAGUGGGUGGCUGGUAGUAUUUUGUUGUCUGGAUUUUUACAUUCUGUUGGAGUGCUGUGUCAACCCAGUCAGAUGGGUGGGAUACAAAUAAAUUAUUAUAUUUCAUUUUAUAUGUUUUGCUUUUUUGUUUAAAUCAUACUGUUUAGAGCUGUAGGAAUCACUUAAUUUAAAAUCUUCUUUCCUUUUCUUUGGAGUUGUUCCCAUAAUAAUGUCACUGGCUAGAAACCUCCAAAGGUCAUGAUGCUUGACUUCUAGAUCUAGGGAAUGUUAGUUGCUUAUUAACCCAUUAUACUUUCUGUAGUGAACUCAGAUUCUUUAUUUGAGUAGCCAAUUUGUAGCUGAAUAGAUUUCCCAACAGUGGGAAAUUUCAAAUAGAAGAGCAUAGAUUGCUUUAAUCAAUAUGAUUUCAAAUCAAGUAUUCAGCUUUUAUAUUUUCUGAACAAGCAUUUCUACUAAUUAAAAUUUUGAGACUGCAUAUUCUGCAUGAUGGUAACAAUCUCUACUCAAACAAUCCAAUAGCUAUUGCACAGAGUGUAGAUUUCAUUAGGACAGCAAUGUGAAACUUGAGGAUUUCUGUUUUCUUGUGUCCAUAUACAUUGAAGAACAUUAAGCAAAAUUACUUGCUUAAGUGUCCAGCCUAUGUCAUGAAAAUAGUUACCUGAGGACAAGGUUGUGGUCUGUCCCCAUCCCAACACAUUUCGUUUCAGAGGAAGUCUAUAAUGUGUUCUUAUAGUUUACUCUAUUUUAAGAAUUGGUUUAGAGCUUGUUUAAAAUACACCAUCUAAUUGCAUAUUAUGAUAAUGCAUUGUUUUAAUUUUCCUUAGACUUCCUUUGAUGGUACAUGUGCAUCUAGUAUGUUGUUCAUCGGUGGUUUUGUCAGUAAAAACUUACUACUAUAUCAAUCCAUAUGUUUUAGGAUUUGGGGGCCAUUGUCAUAUGUAGAAAGAAAAUAAUAUUUAAGCGGUAUCCAAUUAAGUAGCUUCAUUAGCCCAAGGAUUUCAAUUUGUGCAACAGAGCUUCUUUCUACUCACACCACCACCAACCUACGCUCUUCCCAAAUCUGCUUCAUAUGGUGGAGGUGGGGACUUAGAACAGAUCUGGAGGUGGGAAAGGAGAGGCAGGGGAAGUUCAGUUAGCAACCAGGAGUCAUUCAGCUAAUAGAACUACUUGAUUGGAUAGUAUCCUUUUACUACUAAGACAGUUCAUCCCUACUGUUAACAUGGAAGCUCUCAGAAUUCCUUAAGAAAUAGAAUCUGUGAGCACAGAAACAUUCUAGUAAGUGCAGAAGUGUUUUCAGUUGUGCAAAGUUCAAAGGUUAAUAAAACAUUAGCAUAAACUAGAGUUGUCAUUGUAACAAGAUAGAAUUCUCCAUUUCUUCAUUGUUGUAGAGGUUAGGGUACAGUCUACUUACUAUAACUUGCAAAUAUAGGCUUGUUAAUGAAUGAAGUGUCUUAAAUUUUUUUUUGAAACCUGGUUGGUAUGGCUUUUCAAUAGUUCUAUAUGCUUUUAAAAAGAAUAACACCAAACUUGAGCAGAGGUAUGUAAAUUGAGUUUGAGACAUAACGACUAAUUUCUUAAUGUUUAUGUGAGGAAUGGCACAUGGAGUUCAUGGAGUUUUGGUGUUGCAGUCUAAGAUCUCAUUUCAGUUACACGUUAAUUUUGAAGUAGGAAUAAUUAGCAAAUUCAUAGCUGGUCAAUCAUUUUUCAUUGAAUUGCCAUCAUUUGAAAAAGAAAGUCAUACUAGAACUGCAUAUCUAGUUAAAAUAGUGCAAACACAUAGCAUUUUUUCUAGUUUCAGUCUUGGCACUAGAUAUCUAUCCUGGAGUUUUAAAUAUUCUUCAUCCUGUUCUUUUUUUAUUAAGGUUAAUGUUGAAGAAGGAAAAUGCGGAAGUCGCCAUUUGACAAGUUUUAUAAAUGAGAAUUAUUUGAAGCUCAGGAAUAAGUGAAGCUGAAAUUUGAAAAAAAAGAAAGUGAAUGCAUGCUAAUUAUCAGACCAGAAGUCCCACUUAUAGAAUAUUGAGCAAUUUGUGUGAAGUGGGGAAGAUGAAAGAAGUCAGAAUUUGAAACGGAAGAAUGAAGAAAAGAAAUAAAAAUGAAGUUAAGAUAAGAAGUAAUCUGGAAUCUGAAAGCACUACGCUAAGUAAUUACUAGUCUGUUUAUGUGUCCCUGUAUAUUUUGCUAAACAUGCAUGCAUUAUUUGUUUAAUAGAAAAAACAUGCAGGUUUUAAAAAAAUAAGUGCUUAACAGGUGCAAAAUACCUAUAAAUCUAGGCAGUUCUAAUGGCAACUGCCCGGACACAUAAUGGAGACACAGAUCAUUAAUGUUUUUCAUACCUUUUACCAGAGCUUGUUUAGAAUAAAGUACUGGAGAAGUAGCAUUCAAAUUAAACUAAACUAUUUUUUUUUCUACACGCAGGAGUCCCGUUCCGCUUCCAGAAGCGGAAGCGCUCACGGUUCCGGCAAGUCUCCAAGACACUCACCUGCCAGAUCUAGGUCCAAGGAAGGUUCAAGGCGAUCUAGGUCAAAGUCUAGAUCAAGAUCUGAAUCUCGGUAAGCCUGUCUGGAGGAAGAGGUUGGUGUGUCUAAAAACCUUGCUGUUUUUUAUCUAUAAGAAAAGAAGUUUUGGAGACGACUAAGUUGAUGUGGAUUUGUGUGUGGUGCAAUUAUAGACUAGAUUAUUAGGUUGUAGCCUUGUCUAGCCUGAGGACGCCAUUGCAGCAAGGAGUUGUUGUAAAGCUUUCUGUGGAAAGCGGCCUCUUUCAGCAAUAGUCUCAGCAAGCAUAUGGCUGUAUUGUAGGGGCAUGGCAUUGGCCGAGCCUAUUAGCCAUUCUCUUACCCUGCUAUUUAAGACUACAUUGGGUAUCUACUAAGUGUCAUAUUCUUGUAUUGAUACUUCUUAAUGUGGAAUCUUUCCCUGGCAUUAGUUGAAUAACCAGUAUUUCAAAAAAGUAUUUCUGACUCCCAGAUGAAGCACUUUUAGAAACCUGUUUCUAUUCGCUUGCAAACUUUCAGUUAAGCUUUGUAUAUCUAUUCUAAUGGAAUUUGCUCAGAUAGAUAUUCUCUCAGGAAAUUUUGGUUUGGCUACUGUAAAACACUGAGAAUCUGUAUAUAAUGAAAGCAGGGCUUGGUACAGUCACUGCAUGGCGGAAAUCAAACAGGCUGAGACUUAAUGUGCAUACCGACAUUUUGAUUUAAAUAAUCUGAUAGGCGUCUAUAGCUCUGCAUUUUUACUCUAAACUUCACUGCCUGUGCAUUAAGGUCUUCAGCACAGGCUCUGUUCCACAUCUCACCUUCAUCAGAAACUUGAUGGUCACAACAAAGGACAGGGUUUGGGUUUUAGUGUUCUGAUUAUUAAAAUCCCUUCUUACCAUUGACUGUCAGAUGUUUAGUGCAGGCCGCAUUGAUUAUUUGUACCCCAGACUGGCAGUUAUUAAGACUAAAAAUACAGUAGACAUAGAAACUUCUGUAUGCUAUGCAAGUUUCAUCUUUGACACCUGUAGUUCAGCAUAAUCUUAGUCUUCCUAUUUACAGAUCCAGAUCAAGGAGGAGUUCUCGCAGACAUUAUACGAGGUCACGUUCACGUUCUCGAUCCCAUAGGAGGUCAAGAAGCAGAUCUUACAGCCGCGACUAUCGUCGCCGACACAGUCACAGCCAUUCUCCUAUGUCUACUCGGCGGCGUCAUGUUGGCAACAGAGUAAGGCUGGGAUGGCAGCAGUUGACCAGAGAUAAUUCAGCUGUGUGUGUCUUUGGAGGUUCUAAAGUUUUCAAAUUACCCAGAAAUCAUGUAAAAGUUUUAAGUUGAUUUAUAAUAUGUCUCACAAAUGGUAUUUAAAAUGUUUGGUGGAUUUUACUGUGGGCGUAGACGGCAUUUGUACUAAUAUUUGUGCAUGGUUAAACCUGAACUUGUAUAUUUAAGAUUAUUAUUCUACUGCUUGAGAAACCUUUAAGCUAAGCUUUAUUCUAAUUUAUUUUGUGUAAGUGUGCAGGAUUUGGCACUUCCCCCUAAGAAUGGUGUGUUUUGUCUAGAUUAGUUAGUUAUGACGUAAUGGCUGGGUUGAUAUUUAUAAUUCAGUGCAGGUAAAAUAAUGGUUACAUAAUCAGUUCCAAUGUGUUGUAUUGCAUUUUGCAGUGCUUUCUUUAGAGGUAGCAGAAAGUGCCUCCUUUGAGAGAGCUCUUGAAAUUUACACAUUAGAGUAAACUUCAGUCCCCUGACAUUCUCCAGCAGCUGCUCGGGGGACACGAAAGAUUGCCUUGGGGAGGAUGGUCUUAGAAGCCCCAGAGUGCAAUUAGAAGAUGUUAAUUGGAUUCUUUUCAUAGCAACUUUUUCUAAAUGGAUUAACUGUUCUAGAAAAACUGUUAACGACUGCAAUUGGUCUUACAGGAAAAAGCAAGGGGUGAGAUGGCUAAAAAUAGCUUUCUCAUGUAUAAUGAGAUAAGAAUCCAAUGUCUCUAUUCAGACCAGAUCUCUUCACGGUUUUAAGUUUGGUAAUAAGUUGCAAUUCAGCAACUUCUAUUUCCAUUUUCACCCCUUGCUUUUUCCUGUAAGACCAAUUGCAGUCAUUAACAGUCUUCAACAGGUUUAGCACACCUAUCAGCCAAUCACCCAUUCCCACCACCCUUCUGAGUAAUACCUCUCCCCACCCUCUCACUAUAUAUAAGGUGACUUCUGUUUCAGUGUAUCUGAAGAAGUGUGCAUGCGCACGAUAGGUCAUACCAGUAACAAACUUAGUUGGUCUCUAAGGUGCUACUGGAAGGAAUUUUUUUAUUUGGUUUCGACAAUGGGAGACCAACACGGCUACAUGUAAUGAGAGAUUUACAUUAUUUUAGGGAAAUAAGAUAUUAAACCCAGAAAUGCUCCUUGACCAAAACCAGAAAGCCAUGGAAGACACUGUACAGAGGCUAAAGGGUUGUCAUACAUGAGAAAUCAUAGCUCCCCCCCCCCCCCCCGGUUUUUGUUAAUGCUCUCUAAGUGAACCUGUAUAUGAAUGAGACUUUGAGUGCAUCAGCCAGAUAUGAAGUACAGUGGUACCUUGGUUUUCAAACGUAAUCCAUUCCAGAAGACAGUUCAAGUUCCAAAACGUUCGAAAAGCGGAAGCCUCAAUACAGAAAACUCAAAACAGAAGCUGCGUUUCCUCUUGCGGCAUGUUCGAAAACUGAGGCAUUUACUUCCAGAUUUUCGGUGUUUGAGUUCUGAAACGUUCGACUACGGAGGUGUUUGAAAACCGAGGUACCACUGUAUAAGACUGCCUGGAACUUUACAACAUUUUGAUUUCCUUUUUUCUACCUUCUCUUCUCUCAUGAGAAAAGAAAAUGAAGGGACACUGGAAUCCUACCCAGCAGGGUAGCCCUUAGACCUGUUAGAGCUUUCUGAAUUUACUGGAAUAACAUUUUUAUAUUGUAUCCCAAAGCAUUUAAACAAUUUUGGGGAACAUCUUGAAUUCUUAUGAAAACUCCUUCUUUUUUAAAAAAAACAGGCAAAUCCCGACCCAAACUGUUGUCUUGGUGUGUUUGGAUUAAGCUUGUACACAACAGAAAGGGACCUGAGAGAGGUAUUCUCCAAAUAUGGCCCAAUUGCUGAUGUUUCUAUUGUAUAUGACCAGCAGUCCCGACGUUCUAGAGGAUUUGCCUUUGUGUACUUUGAAAGUGUUGAUGAUGCUAAGGAGGUAAGUGAGUGUCUUUCCUCUAAAAUAUUUCAUACUUUUCUAAAGCCCAUGCUAAUAAAGUGUUUAACAUUUCCCAAUGUCAGUAAGUUUUGAAUCAAGAAAGUGAUUUAAGGUACCUACUUUUGCAAACCAUGCAUUUCCUGAACAAGGGUGGAUCCUAAUUAGUUGCUGUAACUAUACAGUUUUGAGUUGAUAGCUCAUGUUUUUAUGGUCACGCAAGCCAUGUGCCUCUUUGCAUUAUGUCUUAUUUUAAUUUGUAUCCUGUCCUCCCUUCUAACAGCUUAGGACAGCAUACGUGUUUUCCUUCGUAUUUUAUCAUCGCUACAACCCUGGUUAGGCUAAGACAUUGGUUUUCAACCAGUGUGCCGUGGCACCCUGGGGUGCCUUGAAUGAUGGUCAGGGGUUUUGUGGGCAGCACUGGCCUCUUGCCUUCCCUCCUUUCCUCUCGUGUCUCUGCUUCCCAAAGGCUUGCACAGCUGUUUGUUGCAGCAGCUCUGGCCACAAGCUCCCCAGCUGAAUAGUGCCUCUGGGGCUGGCCAGGGGGUGGUUCCCAGGCCCCUCUGGGGCAGUGUGAGGAGGCACCUCUCUUUGGGGUGGGGGGGGUCAGCUCAGAGACCCAAGGGCAGCAGCUGCAGCUGCUCAGAGGGACUCCCAAGUAGAGGGGAGAAGAGAGGAGGCUGAGGGAACCCUCCACAAGGAAGGUUGUUCAAAAAAUUAACUAGUUGCUUGGUGGUUCCUUUCAAACUCUCUGGUACUACUGCUGCUAUUAUUAACAGGGCCGUGAUAAACCCAAGUGAAAUAGCACCUUGCCUAGAAAUGGUCACUGUAUAUCAGGGCUUCUCUUCCUACAGGCCAGAUGGAAUGCUGUUCUUGGGUUGUCUUCUUGGGUGUCCUUCAUUUAUAUAGAUUUUUGUCCUUAGGAUUUAUGUAACACAUUUCAGAUGUUCAGAUCUCUUCAUGAACAUUCAUUCUUAGUAGUAAUCCUUAAAGCAACCCCACAAAAAGGCCAGUUCUCAUUGCUUGAUUGUUGUAUAUAUGUAUAUAUGACACAAAUAAGAUUUGAACAGGAGGCAUUUCAGCUCACAGUCCCAGUCACUACUCUUCAGACCUUCCCCUGUAUACACCAGAAAAACUUCAUAUACUCAUGAAAAUCAGAGUAGGCUGGUUUGUGAUUUCGUGGGGGUUUUCUGCAUAAGUGUUCUUACUAAUGCAGUUUUGGUAAGAAAAGAGUUGAGAUUUCCAGAUGCAAUAUUCUGCAUUCCACAUAGUUCUGCUCCGUGGGCUGCUUGGUGGAACCUCAGCUUUACCAGUUUACAUUCCUUGCAUGAGCAAAGGUGGAAAACCAUUGUACCGAAAUCAUGGGCAUUUCAAAAGUUCAUAUAAAUGGAGUUUACCUGCUGUUUAGGUUGUGAUUUGUCCUCUUCCAAAUUAUCUGAAACAGUAAACAGAAAUUUCACUCAUUAUAUAUGCAUGGCAUGCAUGUAGGUAGGCAUACUAUACAUGUGUAGUGACAUCCUGUGCCCAGAGUGCAUGUAUGUCCCAUUUGCUGCUCAUCUCUUUUAAAAUGUAUGUGAGCAGUGACUAGGAAACAACAAGGUCCCUGCUUCUGUGAACAGUGCAUCUAUUUUAUGUAACCAACUCUGGUCAUAACUAAAACUGCAGUGCAGUGUGGUAUGUAUUUAGAAUAGUUUCAAAAUAGAAAUGAGCAUGACUAAUUUUUCCUAGUGCAGUAAAGACUUGUACCUGGUAAAAUACCUUUCCAGCCAUGCAAGUAAGUUUGUUCCUAACUUGUUUUUGAUGUGAAUUAAAUUGGAUUCAGAACAACUUUAUUCUACAAUUUUAAAAAAAUUCAACUCCUAUAGGCAAAAGAACGUGCUAAUGGAAUGGAACUUGAUGGAAGAAGGAUCAGAGUUGAUUUCUCAAUAACAAAAAGGCCUCACACACCUACUCCUGGAAUAUACAUGGGGAGACCUACUUAGUAAGUUGUUGUAACUAUAUUUAAUCUAGAAAUAAUCAGAGUUAACUUUAUUUUUCAUAUUGAAAACCCGGAUUUCAAAUUAAUAUAAGAGUAUCACCUGUAUUUUAUUUGUGCUAUGUAUUAGCAUGUGGGAAUUUAAAAUCUGGGCAGUUAAAAUAUGAAUCUGGAUUUCUUCACUAAAGAGCAGGAUUUAGACUAGUUGUAUAGCUUCCAGAAAUUCGGAAGGCAUGUUAACUUCUUGUUGUCUCUUAACACUUGCAAGCUUCUUUACAAAAGUUUAAAAACAAUAGUCCCUGCCCCUGAGACUUAUAAUCUAAGCAGGGGUCCCCAGUCAUCUUGGGCCAUUGGCACAUUUGGACUGUCAUGGGCAUCAUAAAAUACCCAUUUCACAGGAAAAAAACUAGUGGUGCUUAGAAACCCCCCAAAGCAAAACACCUACACCCUACCACAAAUUGAAAUAAGCCACAGUUAAAAAAGCAAGAUUCCCAACCAGCCAAAAAAUCCCUAAAACUAAAACAAGAGGCUCUUGGUGGGCACUUGGGUGGUGUGGUGUCUAAACGUGCUAUGGUGCAGCCAGCGUGGAUUCCUGUCAAAGCAGGGUCUCUUUCUCCCCCUGUCUCAUACAGAGCAUCUGGAAAUAGAUGGAUGAAGGGGACCAGAUGGCAUUUGGCACACCAGUGAAAAAUGCUUUGCAUGCACUCUCCUCUGCUUUCCUACUAGAUGUUUCACCCAGUAUUUACUUCCUGUGUUGUAUACCUAUAUAUGGUGUGUUUCCUUACAGUGGAAGUUCCCGACGGAGAGAUUACUAUGACAGAGGUUUUGAGAGAGGAGGCUAUGAUGACCGUGACUAUUAUAGCAGAUCAUAUAGGUAAGUCUACUUUUUGCCGAUUAUUACUUAAUAAGAUUGUAUGAAUCCUUUAGAACAGGGAUGGGAAAGCUGCCCCCUUCCAGUGAUGAUGGAUCUCAACUCCUGUCAGUCCCAGCCAUCAUGCCCAUGGUCAAGGACAAUGGGAAUCAGAUUCCAGCAACAUCUGGAGGGUCACAUGUUUCCCAUCCUUGCUUUAAAGUAUGAUGUUUUAUUCUGAUCUGUAAUUGUGAGUUCCAGCGAUGUCAGUCUAUUUCGGUCCUUGUUGCUUUCAAAAUCCUAUUGACAUCCAUAUCCAAAUAUGGGCUUAAAAGCACUGGUGAAUACAUUUCUCCAUCAUACUGGUACUCCAGUAUUGUACCAAGAAAUGAUAAAUUUACUGCAGCUGUAAUACUGAUGUGGAGUACUGAUGUGACACUUGAGUCUGUUUGGCAUGUUUAAGUAUUUCAUGUAAGACGUGACUUGACCAAUAAUCCCAUAUAUCAUUUGUGAAAUUCAGUAAAUAAAAGUGCAAAAAAUGGUUCUGCUUUUGUCUUUGCAGAGGAGGAGGUGGUGGCGGAGGAGGUGGUGGUGGAGGAGGAGGAGGGUGGCGAGGUGCCCAAGACAGGGAUCAGAUGUACAGGUAUGCUACAAAAGGAUUUUAUGCCUUUUUAUUUAAAAAAAAAUACACAAACAUUGCUGAAAUGACCUGCUUGGGUAAUGUUUAGAAAACCUGGGGAUAUGGUACCUCCAAAACCAAUAAAGCAGGUUGAUGGUGAGGAAGUUAAUAUUUGUUAAGCAGCACAGCUUCUGGAAACACCCACCUUUUAUAAGCAUUCAAUGUAGUCAAGAUUUACAUUUAGAAAAGUAUUGUUUGUACUAAGGAAUUAUCAGUGAGGAAGUAUAAUCAUUGGGAAGACUUCAGUGGGAAAGUUUGCCACAGAACAUUUGAGUCCAGAAGUCAAAAUUAACUUCAGAUAAAGAUGGAGAUUGAUCUUGUAUUCAUUAUGAAUAUAUUUUUUUCUGGUCCAUAGUAGUAGCACACCCCAUUACACAGAUUGUCUGAUUUAAAUUAACUUCAAAAAUGACAGUGACUUAACUUUAAUCACAAAAUUUACUCCAAGAGCAAGUCUCUUAAGACAUUUCUGUGCCUACCUAGACAUGUAUCCCAUCUUGAUAUGCUCUAUUAUACUAUAAAAUUAAUUAUAUAAACAAUUAUCUCAUAUGGAGAUGCUUUUGCAAAAAAAAAAACCUAUUGCAUAGAUCAGUCUUAAUGUUUCCAUGUUCAUUCACCAGUAUGUCUCAUUGGCAUGCUAAUUAAGGAUGAUCUGAAUAUCCCAACUGCAUUUGCAAUGGCUUUAAUAUUUGACAUAAGAACAAGCAGAUUUCUUACUAGGAAGGGAGCACUGGAAUAUACUAGUUUCUAACUUCUUUAAUGCAGUUUUUUCUUGUGUAAAUGUUGGACUGUGAAACAAAUGUAUAACACAGAAAAGUUCAUGAUCUUAUAUCUAGUUGGUAUGCUUAGUGUGCAUGAAAUACAAAGGGUACGGGUGACAAAACUAGAACAAGUUGUGUAUGAACAUCUGUAGUGUAAGUAAAACUUAAACCAUCAUCAUUGAUAUAUUCUCUGCAGGCGAAGAUCUCCAUCUCCCUAUUACAGCAGGGGGGGCUACAGAUCUCGCUCCCGGUCUCGAUCGUAUUCACCUCGUAAGUCACAAGUUAAAUAUAUUAAUAUUUUGAAGUCCAGAGAUUAUUUAGGAAAAACACCUAGCUGAAAUUCAGUGCAGUUAAGUUUUUCUAAACUUAGCUAAUGCGUCCAUAUUUUUUUUAAAAAAUAAAUAUGUAAGCUUGGAUUCUUUGAGUAGUAUUCUGCAAACAGAGUGCUACAUAAGGGAGGAGGCAACACUUGUCAAUUCCUCCUGAAGUCCCCCCCCCAAAAAAAAAACCCAUAGCCUUGGAGGAUUGAACUGAACAAAAUGGAAGGUGGCAUGGAUGAUGUGUGGGAAUUGGUGGAAAUCCCCUCAUCUCCCACCAGUAGGAACCACCAUAUCAGACACCCUUCCCUGAAGAGAAAGAACCUUGCCACUCCCCGAAGAGCAAGUCUGGAUCCAAGCCAUUUAAUUUACAUGGGGAAGUACUCGUGAUCUGCCACAUUGAACUGUUUUUUUUCCCUUGCUGCCCCCAAGUAGCCAGCUUUUGAAUUAACAGUGUAUGUAGACUUAGUAUACAGAAAUGGAACCCACCCAGGUUUCUAAUGGAGCUCUCAAUCUCUUGCAGGUCGCUAUUGAAGUGUGAAACAAAGAACUUUGUAGCUACAGACAGUGCAUUGAGAUUGCAAUCUUGUGGACAAUACUUUGUUACUUUUGUUCAAGUCUAAUAGUGCCUAGUGAAUAGGUGACUUUUACACCUUUUAUGGAGACUACUUUUGGUGAAGUUUUAAAAUGCUGUUUCAUUCUGCAUAUUUGUGUAGUUUGUGCUUUGUUCAAAGUUAUGUUUUGAGAACAGUAUGUCUUCUGCAUGUGUUUUAGUCUGAACUUUGCAGAAGGGUUUCUAUUGUCCAAAGUUCUUCAUUCAGUUUUUGUUUUUUUUUACAGUUUCCAAGGUAUUUUGAAGAACAAAACCUGUGUAAUAUGCUUUGAAAUGGUGGCAUAAUAAAGUUUUUUUUUAACUUACUUUGAAGCCCAUAUCUCCUACUUAGCCAAAGUUUGAGUCGGAGAAAGAAUAAAACCUUUACCAAAUUCAGAGCAGUAUCCAAAAUUCUGUACCCCAAACCUUUCUCAAAUACUUUCUGUAAUAUGAAGUAUGAAUAAAAAUCCACAUUGUAACUUGUUAUUUCUGUAAGUAGGUUAAGCUUUUCAUAUUAGCAGAUGUAAGUGCUGGAAACUUGUGAUAAGGACCGUGUAUUUUAUGAUAUAAAGGUGAUCUGGAAAUUUGGUUGUUAAAACAGUUUUCAAAACAGUCCCUAAAUUGUUUGCAUUCCAUGUCCACUAAUGUGCAAUUAUUCCCCUAGGAGCAAAGCUGACUAAACAGUUCUUGUGUUGUAUUUAAGGAUAUGUUGGCAGGGGGACGACUUCAAGUUCAUCAGUUUUUAAAAGCUGUAUUAAUAGUUCACAUACACUUAACAUGUAAUAGUGUAUUGUGUAUUUCACAGGUGCUUCAGUUUGAAUCCUCCUGUUUAUGUGGGAGCUCUUACUUCAGUGCUAUCAAAUGUAUAGCUUUAUUACACAAAAUAAAAGCCCCAGUAAAAUA